GGCGCCCGCGCAGCCUCUCCGUCCUUUCUCCCGGCAGCUGCGGCGGCCCAAUCCCCUUAACCGUAUUCGCAGCCUGGCCUCCCGGCGCCUUUCCUGGGGCUGUCCGGAGGCCGUGGCCGGGCAGCUGUUGCGCCGAGAGGGGGCAGCUGCGGAGUUCCAUAACCAUAGCAACCGCAUCAGCACCACGGCGGCGGCAGCGGCGCGAGGGCAGCAUCCUCUCGCUCCUCCUCCAGGCAGCCUCGCCUUGGGGACCUGAGACCCAGCUCGCAGGUGCCGCGGACUCCUCCGUCCGCCACCGCUGCUGCAAGUGUCGGCGGCUGGAGAAGGCAAAAAGAGGAGGGUGACAGGCCCGGAGCCAGCCGAGCUGGGCCCUAGGAGGUGAGAGAGGGGAGCCCUGCAGUAGGAGACAGGUAAUGAACCAAAAAGAUCAUGUCUGAAGUUCAAGGAACGGUUGAGUUUUCUGUAGAGCUACAUAAAUUCUAUAAUGUGGAUCUCUUUCAGAGAGGGUAUUACCAGAUCCGAAUGACCUUGAAGGUGUCCUCCAGGAUCCCUCACAGACUGAGUGCUUCCAUCGUGGGACAGGCAGAGAGCAGCACUCUGCAUUCCGCCUGUGUCCAUGAGAGCACUGUGCACAGCCGGGUCUUCCAGAUCUUAUACAGGAAUGAAGAGGUGCCCAUAAAUGAUGCCAUGAUCUUUCGAGCUCAUUUGCUCCUUGACGGUGAAAGGGUGGAAGACGCGCUGAGCGGGGUGGAGUUUCAGCUCAAGGUGGACCUGCACUUUACGGAUAGUGAGGAGCAGUUAAGGGACGUGGCCGGGGCACCAAUGAUCAGCAGCCGCACACUCGGCCUGCACUUCCACCCCCGGAGAGGUCUGCACCACCAGGUCCCUGUCAUGUUUGACUACUUCCACCUGUCAGUGAUCUCCGUGACCAUCCACGCUGCCCUGGUGGCUCUGCAGCAGCCCCUGAUCAGUUUUGCUCGCCCGGGAAGAGGCUCCUGGCUUGGUAAAGGCGGCCCAGACAUGGGAACAGAACAGUCCAUCAUUUCUCUGGAGAACUUGGUCUUUGGAGCUGGAUAUUGCAAGCCGACUUCCUCAGAGGGAAGCUUCUAUGUCCCCUCAGAGAACUGCAUGCAGCAUGCCCACAAGUGGCACCGCGACCUGUGUCUCUUGCUCCUACAAGCCUACCGGGGCCUCCGCCUCUACUUCCUACUCAUCAUGAGGGACAUCCCAGAGCUGCCGCACAUGGAGCUGGAGGCCCUUGCUGUUGAAGAAACGCUCGCCCAGCUAUGCUCAGAGCUCCAGAUGCUGAACAAUCCAGAGAAGAUAGCUGAGCAGAUCAGUAAGGAUCUCGCCUGGCUGGCUUCCCACCUGAUGGCUCUGUGGACACAGUUCCUGGAUACGGUGACACUCCACUCCCAAGUGACUACCUAUCUCACCCAGGAGCACCACAGCCUGAGGGUCCGAAGGUUUUCUGAGGCCUUUUUUUAUAUGGAGCACCAAAAACUUGCUGUCUUGACGUUUCAGGAAAAUCUCAUACAGAUGCACAGCCAGCUGUCUCUGGACAUCCGGAACUCGGAGUACCUCACCAGCAUGCCCCCGCUGCCCGCAGAGUGCCUGGACAUCGAUGGUGACUGGAACACCCUGCCAGUCAUCUUUGAGGACAGAUAUGUGGACUGCCCUGCGACAGGACCCGAUUUGAAUGUUUAUCCUAAUUUCAAAGUUCCAACUGUAAGUCCCUCAAUGAUGAAUCUAAAAGAAAAAGAAGAGAACCAUGUUAUAAAUAGGAAAUCAUCUUUUAGGGGAGACUUUGUCUUAUCUACCAGGAUACCACCUCAAGUGGACACUAAUGAGGAGGUUACUAGGUGUCCAGAGCCAGACAAGAAUGAAACCACAGCAAAUGUGGACGUGUGCUCCGAAUCUCAGGUGUACCUGACAAUUGGUGAAUUCCAGAACAAAGCAGGUGUGCCUGAAGAUGAGUGUGGGUCUGGCCAAAUGUCUGAUGUCAGAACCCAUCCACUGGCAGAUGUGGACAGCCUCAGGAGGAGUCCAGGCCCAGAGGAGGGGCAGUCUACAGUGCUGACCUACAUCGAGGUAAAAUCCAGUAAUCAGGGCCUCCACAAAGCUGAGCCCACGGAACUCUCUAGUGAGAGUAGAAGCCCUAGGGACAGUUACAGGACAGUAUCAAGUGAAGUGGUAGCGGGUGGAUAUCACCAAAAUGCCAUCUCUUCAGACAAAGCACCUAUCACCGAGUUAAGUACUUCAGGAAAGGGAACAGAACCAGAGGGUCAGCCAGUGCUGCUGAGCCUGAGACUCGCCCCCACCGAGACCCCGCUAAGUGCUACUCUGACGGAGCCUUUGGAUCCUAGGUCUUCCUUCCAGGACCCUCCUGUGGAAGAGCAGGAGGAGCUGUCCACGAUGUCUGGGGCCAUCAAGCGGUCUUCUUCCCUCAUAUCUGACUCGGGCAUUGAGAGUGAGCCAAGCUCUGUGGCCUGGUCCGAGGCCCGAAGCAGGGCCGUGGAGUUAGCCAGCGAUCGGGAAGUCCUGCACCAGUUGGUUAGAAGACAUGCACUCCACAGGAACUCCCUGGAGGGUGGACACACAGAAAGCAACACCAGCUUGCCAAGUGGCAUCCAGGCCUCUCUCACCUCCAUCAGCUCUCUGCCUUUUGAAGAGGAGGAACGUGAGCUGGCCCUCACCAAGCUGACCAAAUCUGCAUCUGCACCCCAAAUCAGCAGCCCAGAAGACGCAACUGAAGGUGCAGGCACCAUGAAAAAAAGAGGAGACUUCCCUGAAGCUUCAGAAAUGCGGAAGAGCGGAGGUUCCCCUGAGCAUAGCUCUCAACCAAGUGGAAGGCCCAGAGCCCAGGAUGCCAGGGCAGCCCAGCCCUUUGGGGAAACAGUGUCACGCGCUGACAAACAUCAAGACCCUGGUUACAUGGACAUCCCCCAGGGUAAAGAGAGCCAGGUAGAGCCUCAAGGCCACUCUCGUCUGGAUGGCAGGACUGAGAACACUCCAGAGAGCGAAACCAAAGGUCUUAACGUAAAAAUACCACGUAGUAUAGCGCUUGAAAACCCCCGGGCCCGGUCGCUGCAUAGGGCACUCAUGGAAACCCCCAAGGGCAGGCCUAAGGACUCGCAUGUGGGCAAACACAUUCUCUCCAGCAGCAGUGUCUCAGACGUCGGGGAAAUGUCCCACCACAAGGUGCCUGAGUUCAGCUGUACCUCAGCUUCGGAUGCCACCACCCCGAAUCCCGAGCACAGUGGUGCGCCUGGCGCCGUGGGCCACGUGGUGUCGCCUAGAGAACCCGAUGCCUUCCUAGAGGACGAACCCGAAGCAGGCACUGUGUGCCAUGCUCUGACUCCCCCCAUCCCUUCCCAAAUUCUGAGAAACCAAGAGCUGAGGACAGGCGCUUCCAUCAUGGGUCCGCCGCUGGCCUCGGCAGAGACCUUCUCUCUGGAGAGCCUCAAGACCGUGGAGGUGGUCAACUUGUCCCUGUCUUGCACUGCCACCUGUCUCCCUUUCUCAUCUGUGCCCAAGGAGACCCCUGCCAGGGCUGGGUUCUCCUCCAGACAGACCCCAGUUCCCAUCACGCAUCAGCCUCUGGGGUCCUUUGGAGUCGUUGCUACCCACUCCAGCAAGUUGGAGGAAGACGUCGGUGAAAGGAUGUUCAGUUUUUAUCAGGCCAAAGAAAAAUUUAAAAAAGAACUGAAGAUUGAAGGAUUUCUGUACAGUGACUUAUCUGUACUAGCUUCUGAUAUACCAUAUUUCCCACCAGAGGAAGAGGAAGAAAACUUGGAAGAUGGGAUUCACCUGGUUGUCUGUGUCCAUGGCCUGGACGGGAACAGUGCAGACCUCCGGCUGGUAAAGACUUUCAUAGAGCUGGGGCUCCCAGGAGGAAAACUGGACUUCCUCAUGUCUGAAAAGAAUCAGACAGACACGUUUGCAGAUUUUGAUACCAUGACGGAUCGAUUACUGGAUGAAAUCAUUCAGCACAUUCAGUUGUACAACCUCUCCAUAUCCCGAAUUAGCUUCAUUGGCCAUUCUCUUGGCAACAUUAUCAUCCGAUCUGUCCUCACCCGGCCCCGGUUCCGGUAUUACCUCAACAAACUCCACACGUUCCUGUCCCUGUCUGGGCCUCACCUGGGGACCUUGUACAACAACAGCACCCUGGUUAGUACAGGCUUGUGGCUCAUGCAGAAAUUAAAGAAAUCCGGGUCACUUCUGCAGCUGACCUUCAGGGAUAAUGCUGAUUUACGCAAAUGCUUCCUAUACCAACUAAGCCAAAAAACAGGGCUGCAGUAUUUUAAAAACGUUGUGCUGGUUGCUUCCCCGCAAGACCGCUAUGUGCCAUUUCAUUCAGCCAGGAUUGAGAUGUGCAAAACCGCCCUCAAAGACAGACACACAGGGCCAGUUUAUGCGGAAAUGAUCAACAACCUUCUGGGCCCUCUGAUUGAAGCCAAGGACUGCACUUUAAUCCGGCACAACGUGUUCCACGCCCUGCCCAACACUGCCAACACCCUGAUCGGCCGAGCCGCUCACAUCGCGGUGCUGGAUUCGGAACUUUUCCUAGAGAAGUUUUUCUUGGUGGCAGGACUCAACUAUUUCAAGUAGUGGCUGUGAGGGAGCAGGCCUGGGGUAGCACUCCAGAAGUGUUAAGGUGAACUGAGUGCUUUUGCUGGGGCACAUGCCCCCUCUGCCAUGCCAGGAUGGAGUAGCAGGAGAGGUGUGGGGAUGGAGCUGGGUAGAACUGGACCCUAGUGGUGCUUUUGUUUAGAGAUCUGGGAACACAGAGUGUAAAACACAACAAUCUUUGCUUGAAUUUGUGUAGCCACGUGGAGUCUCUUUUAAGAUGCUUUCUAGGAAAAAUAGGGGAAAAUAAAGAAAAAAACGCUUGGGGUAGGAGAGAGCCUCCCUUCUUCACCCUCACAGCUGGCAGACAGGUUGCUCCAGUUGACAUGUCCAACAUGUUACUCGCUCAUAGCUUUAUCAUUUUGAUUAAAUUAAGUGCACACAAGCAUUUCAGAACUCAGGUUAACCUCUGUGCAGAAGUGCAACAUAUUUGUGUAAAUAGAACCCUUACUAGAUUCCAAUGUGCCACUUGUUUAAACAAAAUGUGAUGCCCGCACUCUUGUUCUUUCUUCAUGUUCUCCAAACAAGGGGCAAAGGAGUGUGUGGCACAACCCCAUUAUGUUCUGUGACAGCAGUAGGUGGAGUGACAGUGUAAGAAGGAGCAGAGGUGAUGCUCUUAGUAAAUACAAGUUUGUCACAAACAAAAAUAACCGUAGGGAAGUUACUCCACCUACUUCCUCGAACUCUCUAUGCAUAGCCUGAUCCAAAAUUUAUUUUUGUGAUUGCUUCAAUCUCUGGGGUAGGGAUAACUGAUUGAGAUUCUAGCUGCAGGAGGGGGCACUUAAGAUAGAUGCAUGCCUGCAAAGCUCCUGCUGAAACACUUCCAAAGAAAUGCUGAGUCAGCACUGGAUACAGUUGCAAAAAAAAAAAAAAAAAAAAAAAGACCAUUAACCUGGCCGGCUGUUUCUCCUCUCCCUGAAGGAGAAAGAAGUCCAAAUGGAGGAGUGCUGGAUAAAAACCUCAGGGGAGCUCUCGGAAGGGUGCUGGAUAACUUUCAGUUGAAAUGACUUCUUGCCUUAGGAAAAUAAAGGGCUAGGAAGGUCAACACUGAUAAAUGACAGGGGCCAAAGUAAGGUCAGGCUGGAGAACAAAAGCCAGACUGAAGACUCCACUUAAACUGUCAUUGGUAAGUGACUUACAGGGAACUUUUGAAAAUAACCAGGAGGGUUAAUAUGGUCCCAAAGACUGAGUGCACCCUAUGGGCUAAGGCAAGGUCCAUGAAUCAUUCAGUCAUGUAGAAGGAAGGCAUGAGCCAGGAGAGUAGAGACAGGAGACACAGAUACCACCCUCAAGAGACGAAAGCUCGUAGUUCUGCACAAUGCAGAGAUUCCUCUGGUCCAAGCACCUGGACUGUGGCUCCAGGUCAGAGAUGCCAAGUGGACCUGGGUUCGGGUAGGCAUUGUAGAUCCUCCCACGUGUUAAACCAAAUGCAGACCCUGGGAAAAUAGUUCAGAAAGGCAACUUGCAGGAGAGAGGCAUUCUGCAUUUCUUAAAAACAGAAGUGGUGGGCCAGACAGGGACAAAUGUUUUGCAAAGACAGAAUUCCACACAGCAAACUUAGGAUCUCUAUGAAUUUUCAUUAUAUCCUGUGAAACUUGUGUUUGUUAACCCCCUGGGGAUUUUCCUGAGUUCCCAUGCUGGUGCUGGCAUAGACUCUGGCUGCUCACGAGCAACCAUGCUUUUGUUCUAAAACCCAGGAGACAAGCAUUUCCUGGUCAUGCAGCCCAUGACAGGGUGUCUCCUGACCCAGACAAGUGCUCGUGCUCAGCGCAGACUGGAGGUUUGUAGCACCUUCUCUCUGGCCAUAUGAGGAGUCUGGCUCCUUGGAGGAGUGCAUUUCAUGUCCUGUUUCCAACUCCCAUCAGCAGCGUGUGUCAUUCCCUGGUCACUCGAAAGACUGUGUAGCCAGCAGUUAUUGGAGCCAGGAUGAAACUGAUGACCAUUGUCUUUUCCAAUAGCCAGAUGCCAUUUUUAACUUCCACAUGCUGUCUGGACACCGUGAGAACUAAUGGCAAUAAGCGUCCAGCUGCAUGGGCACCUCUUUUUUAUAGAGGUGUCCUGCUGUCUUUGUAAACCCCCUCUGGCCUCUGCGCAUCUUAUACUUGUGUAGAAAGUACAUCUCUAUAUUGUAAAUAAGAAUGUCGAGUGUUGUGUGUCGUGCCUCAUUUGAAAAGGCUUUUUUAUGUCUCUUUCUAUUGAAGUAUAGAUACCUAAUAUAUAUGCAUAAUAUAUAUAUAUACAUAUGUAUAAUGUAAAGCAGGGACAUUCUAUUAUUGAUUAUAAAAAUUAUAAACAAAACGCCUGCCAACAUAAUGGUCUAGUAUGUCUUCAUUCUCAGCAUAAUAUUUUUGUUUGUUUGUAUGAUUUGUUAAGUUUCCCCAAACUAGUUAGAAAUAAAAUUUACUGAUAAUGAGAUUAUUCAGAAUUUCUUGUUCAUGAGCCAAAUAAAUACAGAGAAGCAGA